AUUAUUUUCUCGAUUUGUUUUAUUCUAUCUCUUCCGCAUAAUUUUUUUGUGGCUUAAAACUUAUUAUUAUAGCCUACAUUGAUGACAGAGUGUCCGGAGUCGUCCACAAACAUGACGAACGGCGAGAAUGGAGAAAAUCAUGCACCAGCCGCCACAAUCGAAGAUUUUGAAAUUCUGAAGCACAUCGGAAGCGGAGCAUAUGGAGAGGUGGCCGCCGUACGCAAGCUUAAUGGGUGCGAUACUGAAACGAUUUAUGCGAUGAAAGUGAUGGAGAAGAGAAGGAUGUCCAAGCACAAGGAUAUGGUUGAGCACGAAUGGAAGAUCCUCACCACAAUCCACAACCCGUUCUUCAUGAAAAUGAGCUACUCGUUCCAGACGAAACGGCAUUUGGUUUUUGUUAUGCCUUUUGCUGGCGGUGGUGACAUGCUCACAAUGAUGGAAAAUGAGUGUUUGAUCGAGGAAUCUGCUCAUUUUUACUUGUGUGAGCUUGUUGAAGGGAUCGGAUACCUUCAUGAAAAACACAUCGUUCACAGAGACGUUAAGCUGGAGAAUCUUCUAAUUGGAAAUGAUGGACACUUGAUGAUUACGGAUUAUGGUCUUUCAGCUACUGGAUGUGACGCUGAAGACGCUAUCCAGGGUGUAAUCGGAACUCGCCAUACCAUGGCCCCGGAGGUACACCUGGAGAAAAAGUACGGCACUUCCUGCGACUGGUGGGCUGUUGGAAUCACUUAUUGCGAUAUGCGUUCCGACAAGGCUGUAUUUGAUGGCGCUGACAGCAAAGAGUACUCUGAUAGCACUGCAAAGAAGCGCCCACGACUUCCAAAAGUUUUAAGCCCACGUGAGAGAGGUUUUGUCAACAAACUGAUUGUCCGCGAUCCGACGCAACGUCUUGGCAACGGACCGGACGGAACUGCAACUGUCAAGGCACAUGAUAUGUUCAAAGGAGUUGUCUGGGAGGAUGUGCUCGCCAAGAAGCUUGUGCCACCAUUCAUUCCGGAUGCUGAGAUGAUCAGCACCUUCAAGUGCUUCCCGGAGCAAACCAAACAGACGAAGUUCCCGACCUUUGAACACCCUGUCCCACUUUACUGGACUGAUAUUGACUUCACGGACCCAUCCCUGUGCAACAACUAGUCAUCCAACAAGAAUGGAUUUCAAUAUCAUUUUCUAUUGCCAUGCCAAGUAUUCACUGGACUUUUUGACCAAUAGGUUCCCCUUUUGCCACUUCUCCCGUUUAUUGAACCCUAUUUUCCCGAUUCCAACGUUUUGAAAACAUAAACCUCUACGUUCAUUCUAAUUUUUCAAUUUAAAAUGUUACCCUUUUUCUAGGAUUUUCAAUUGAAACUCUUAUGGGCCCUUUUUCCGUUUUGUCAUUGGUUUUUUAUCAGCAUUUCAGCCGACUUUUAAAGUCAUUCACUUUCCCGUUUACAUGUACUUUCAUGGGUUCACCCCUUGCUUUACCCCGUUUUUCAUUGUUUUUUGAAAUUUUAUACCUUUUGGGCAUUUUGCUUUAAAUUAAUACGAUUAUAAACUAAUUCAAUUUUAAAAUAAUGUGUGAGCAAACACCGAUUUUGUAAAA